AUGGGUCGUGUUAAAUUGGAGAUUAAGAGAAUAGAAAACAACACAAAUCGGCAGGUUACGUUUUCGAAGCGUAGGAAUGGCCUCAUUAAGAAGGCUUAUGAACUUUCCAUCCUUUGUGAUAUUGAUAUCGCUCUUAUCAUGUUCUCCCCUUCUGGUCGUCUUAGUCACUUUUCUGGCAAAAAAAGGGAUCUAUCAACCACGAUGUAUGAUCCAUUGUUGCAAUUAACCAGCUCGAACACGGGUCCACAUGGCAUAGGAGAAUGCCAAAUCACCAAUCCAGGUGGCGAAAAUUAUCCCACGUGGCCUCAGGCUUAUGUUUCAACAGGGUUCCAUUCCUCUCCCAUUUCACCUACCUUAUACCCUCAAAUUCAGCAGCAUGGGAUGAUGGGUACAGAGACAACAGAGACUAUGACACGUGAGCAGGUUGAUAUCCCAAUCAAUAGCCACGGUGUACAAUCUGACAAUGAAGGUGCUAACUAUGAUAACAGAAUCCCAUAA